AUGGAUAAGCGCUGUACGGGAUUACCACCUGACCAAAAAACUGCCGUUCGGAUUGGUGGUGGCAGCAGCGCGUACGGAGCGAGUUGGAGUGCAGAAAGCGACGAAGCUCGAAACGUAUUUGGAGACGAUUCAACAAUGAUUGGUGAAGCUCUCGAAGUGGGUUCAGAUUCUCGCUAUCAGUGCUCGACUUCACGUACAAUUGCUAGUGGAGUUGAGACAGUCAGGCAGACCACCGAGGGGCCGGAACGCAGUUCUCCUGGAAACUCUGAGUCUCCCACCGACUCGGGCUCCGGAGACCCAUGCGAGGCCGCACUAACUACUAUCACAUUUAAGCACCCUGCGGAGAGGUACAAUUGCUCGCUAUGCGCUCGCGCAGGGAGGGUUAUGCAGUCCUUCCUAAGCGCGAAAGACGCUAAAACGCACGUAACAGAGACGCACCCAGAAGUAACAACGUACUGGGAAUGUCCGCACUGUGACAGAAAGAGCACGACCACAUCGGGAAUUUCGAACCAUAUUCGAUCAUGCCGACCACUAGGUCGUCCCGCAGAAACUGGUUAUACGUGCGAAGCCUGCUCCUCAUCAUUCCCUACCAAAGUUGGCCUAUCGAUGCAUGAACGGCAUGCUCACCCAGCAAUCAGAAACCAGAAGCGGUUAGCUGACGCAGCCGCUCCCAGGAAGACGAAUGCUGGCGUCAGGUCAAAGAUUUGGUCAGAGGAAGAGGAGCAGAAACUGCGCCAACUAAACCAAGAGUAUGCGGGACAAAGACACAUUAACAAGCUCUUGAUGUCGCAGUUCCCGGGGAAAACACAAAGGCAGAUCAGCGACAAGCGUCGUCUGCUCGGCCUGAUUGAACCGGCGAACGGGCCAGCGUCUCGAACGAGCGACAGAGCAGUACCCCGCUCACUUGGGAAUCAGACAAUAAAGCUGCAAAAAGAAUCGCCAAUAAAUAAGAUCUUGAAGCCUCAGGUGAAAGUACAGAAAUCGUAUGACGACGAAGAGAAGAGAUGGAGGCAGUGUAUGAUAGCUUCGGCGACCAGAACACUUGCCAAACACCAUGACGAGAUGGCGAAGGACGCUAAAAUACAGCCUUUGGCAGUCAGGUUAACUGCAAUUGCGGGGAGCUUUCGAUCUGCUGAAGAUGUCAUAAGCGUAUCUGACCCACUCGUAAAACAACUCGAAAACGUCGUCAACGAACUCACCGUCGAGUUAGCGGGAGGCAAACCCAAUCUGCCCCGAAACGGCCAGAGAGGUAAGGCCGCAAACGCUAACCACAGAGCUAGGGGAAGUAGAGACAAAAGACGCCAACACGAGUAUGCUACGGUACAACAACUCUGGGAGAAAGAACCGAAACAACUAGCUACGCUAGUAGUGGAGGAUCGGCUCUCAGAUAUCGAACAACGCCGCCAACCUGAACUACCUCCGGGUGAUCAGGUAAGAGACCUAUAUAACGGACUCUGGGGCGUUGAAGAAACCACAUUCUUCCCACCUGAUUGGGAAGAGACCGUAGCUACAAGGGUGGGCGUCGUCGAUAUUAACCCGAUACAGCUCGGAACGGUAGAAAAAAGAUACCGACGCCUGAAAACGCACACUGCUGCGGGGCCAGACAAAGUGGCUAAGAAGGACAUACGCCGAACAGCGCGCAUUCUUCUGACUGCGAUCUUUAAUAUCUGCUUGGGGAUUGGGUUUUACCCCGAAUCCUGGAAACGUAACAGAACAACGCUGAUCCCAAAAGAUGGCAAGGAUCUGACAGUGGCAGCCAGCUGGCGGCCGAUUACUGUCAGCUCAAUCCUAGCCAGACUGUUCUCGGGGGUGAUCGAUGAAUCUCUUAGGGGAAACAUCGAGCUAAGCCGAGCACAAAAAGGAUUCACGCAUGACGAGGGAGCGGCUCAGAACGUCUCCCUCUUUCGCCAAACGUUGAAAGCGAUGAAGGAGGAACAAGGUGGAACUUGUUCCAUACUUGACAUUUCCAAAGCCUUCGACACAGUGCCACAUGGUGCAUUAGUACCGGCGCUCAGAAGGCUUGGAGUGGCCCCUUAUAUCGCUGAAUACGUCGAUUACGUAUACCAGGAUUGUCAGACGGUCUUACCAUCUACGACCGAAGAAAUAAAGAUCAGUCUGAAGAGAGGCGUGAAGCAAGGCGAUCCUCUUAGCCCACUUCUUUGGAACGCAGUCGUCGACCCAUUAUUGACAUACCUCGAUCAGCGGGAAGGAAAGGGAAUUGUCCUAGGAGGACGCAAUGUGUCGGUCCUGGCGUUCGCGGAUGAUCUGAUUCUUAUCAGUAAAUCUGAAGGGGACGCCGUAGAGGACAUCGAACUUGUGUCUGAAUAUUUCAGCGCCCUAGGCAUGAACCUCUCGAUAGCCAAGUGUAGCGCGUUCACGGUUAAACCGCUACAUAAAACUUGGGCUAUCGUGGACCCCAAGCUUAAGAUCAAAGAUCAGGAAGUCAAUUAUGUGGACCCAGACGAAGCGAUCCGUUACCUCGGUGUCAGUUUCACUCCUUGGAAAGGAGGAAUUUCUAGCAAAGACAACGCGAAGGAAUUCGUUUCUGCUGCAAAAAGGGCGGCAAGACUUAGUCUCAAGCCCGAACAGAAACUGAAGCUGAUAUUCGAGUAUGUGUAUCCCAGAUACAGGUACGGAAUGGUGCAAAAUCCACCUUCCAAGACGGCGUUAGAAGAUGCGGACCAACAAAUCCGGAACGUUGUUCGUAAAAUCUUCCAUCUGCCAGAAAGUACCACUAUGUAUCUACUAUAUACGCGCAAGAAGGAAGGUGGCCUAGGCGUGACCCGGAUGACAACUGAUAUUCAGCUUGCUGUAAUCAAGUCCGUCGUGAGGAUGAGGCAGUCUACAGACCCCGUAGUCCGAAACGUCGGAAUGUCAUCUGUGCGGUCCGCGGAGGCGGAAAAAGCAGCUAAACUGCUACGAAUCCAGAUGCCGACCUCCACAGAAGCCGUCGCAAAACUGAAGCGAAGCGCCAUUGACAAGGAGUAUUCCUCCUGGAAAGGGCUACCGUGCCAGGGCGAUGGAGUCGAGGAGUUUAAAGAUAGGCUAUCCAAUGAGUGGUUGACCAGGAACGAUCUUCUAUCUAGCGGUAGGAUGAUCGAUGCCCUACGCAUGCGUACCAAUACGUACGGGAACAGGACGACGCUCAUUCGGGCUGGACACGAUCACCUGUCCCACCUAUGCCGCGUAUGUGAGAAUAGGCCGGAAUCCCUAUCUCACAUUAUUGGAGGAUGUCCAGAGUUGAAGCCGCGAGUGAUAAAGAGACACGACGAGAUUGGUAACCUCGUCGAGUCAGAAGUAUCAAAGAAGCGGCGCAACCUGGAGUUACUCCGCGAGUCAACUUUCCGCGUGUCCAAUGGCAUGUUGAAACCGGAUCUGGUCGUAGUAGACCAGGGAAGGGCCCAAGUGGUCGACUACACAGUCCGCUACGAGGGUACAAACACGCUAAAGGAAGCCCACGAGGAAAAAGUGGCCAAAUACUCGAUACUGGAGAACCCUCUCCGCGACAUCUUCGGAGACGUAGAAGUGGAAGUGAUCCCAAUCGUCAUUGGUGCGAGAGGGGCACUACCCAGGACUACGGUCAAUGGCCUGCGGCGUCUAGGAAUUUAUUCCAAGUCGUUAUGCAGAACACUAUCAAUGAUUGCUCUUCGCUCAUCAAUUGAGAUGGCGAAUGACUUCAUCGACGGUAGUAUCCAACGUACGAGGCUAACCACAGCUGACUCACGGAGUACUUGA